AUGUCGGUGCAUAAAAGAGCGAAGGUUAACAUGACGAAACAAAUUUGUACACAUUCAGGAUCUUUUCAUGCAGAUGAGGCCUUGGCCGUCUACAUGCUUCGAGUCCUUCCAGAGUUUAAAGAUGCCAAGGUCGUGAGAUCUAGAGAUCCAGCAAAAUGGGAAGAGAGUGAUAUUGUCGUCGACGUGAGUGGUAAAUAUGACGUUGAGAAAAGACUUUUUGACCAUCACCAACGUGAAUUCUUUGAGACUUUCAGUGAGAAAUACAAGACUAAACUCUCAAGUGCAGGACUUGUCUACAAACAUUUCGGCCAAGACAUUAUAAAAACCCUGCAACCUCAACUUGAUGAGUCUGAUGUUGAGUUUUUAUACGAGAAAGUUUACAAGGACUUCGUUGAAUCUCUUGAUGCUAACGAUAAUGGUAUCAGCAACUUUGAUGCUGAAGAUUUGGGCGUCAAACCAAAGUUCAGCGAUAAGAAUAUCACCAUACCUGGUAUCAUCUCUGGUAUGAACCCCAACUGGAAUGGAGACUGUUCAGAUGCUAGCUUCGAUAAGUGCUUUUUCAAAGCGUCCGAUUUUAUUGGCGAGGUCUUUGUUAACUUGGUUAAGGGUUACGGAGAAUCGUGGAUGCCUGCAAAGGCUUUGGUUCGGGACGCCGUGCAAAACAGACUGCAAGAAGAUCCAUCCGGUAAAAUUAUUGUCUUGAAACAGUUUUGUCCAUGGAAGGAGCACCUCUACAAUAUCGAGAAAGAAUUAGGUAUCGUGGGUGAGAUCUUAUUUGUGCUCUUUGAAGAUUCUUCAAGCAAAUGGAGAGUAUCCACUGUCCCUGUGUCUGCUACAUCCUUCAAGUUCAGAGAAGGCCUUCCCGAGCCUCUAAGAGGGCUAAGGGAUAAUGAGCUAAGUGAAAAAAGUGGACUGCCUGGUUGUAUAUUCAUUCACGCUGCUGGGUUCAUUGGAGGUGCAGAUUCUAAAGAUACUGUUUUGAAACUGGCGCAAAUGAGCCUUUGA